AUGAGACUUGCGCUACACCCCGCGCAAUGCCCCCCAGGAUUAAAGCUUAAAAGCGCGUGUCGCGGCUGCGGAGAGUGCGGUCGUGGCGGCGGGGAGUCAAAAUCGAAAGCACUGCUCUGGGGUGUAUCCAGUUUGUCGCAGUUGCAGCUGAUUUUGGUCUUCUCCGCGUUGCUGCUUACGGCCUCGUUCCUCCUGUCAACACGCGCAAUCGAUCUUUCCGCCGUCGAUUUAAUCGCCGCAGCCGCCGCCGCCGGUUCCGGCGGAGACGACGCAGGCGGAAACGGCGAGUACGGCAUCGGCGGAAGCGACCCCGCCAAGUUACUGUUUGUCGAGGGCGUGGGGCUUGGCGGGGGAAGCUGGUUACUCGGUGGAACAGGGGGCGGCGGCGAAAUUGGCGGCAGGGGAAAACGCGGGCGUGGCCCCUGGGGGAGGGUGAGCGCGGGGGGAGGCGGCGCGGUUGGGAAAGUGACGCGGGCGCUGGUGAGGGGCCACGACGCGGAAAUGGCGGCGAUGAUGGCGGCGCUGGAUCUGUCGGCGUCGGAGGAUCUGCUCGUAGGAGGCGACAUGGAUGAGAAGGAGCUGCGGCAGCGCAUCCGGUUGGUGGAGGACGAAUGGGAGUACUUCCAAGAAGCCCCGUAUCGCCUCAUCGACGAGUUUUGGAGGGACGUGUUUGACGCAGCGUACGACGAGCUGGUGGCGCGCGAUCCAACGGUGCACGAAAAGGCCGUGGAGGAAAUCGCACGGCUCUCGGGCAAGUUCUACGACGUUCGAACCGUUGGGAGUAAACUGAUGUUGAUUCCUAAGGGCGCAGCAGGAGCAGCUGUAGCAGAGGCAGGGAGAGGUGACGAAGCUGCGCCUGAUGACUCUGAUGCACAGGAGGGCACUGGCGGAGCAGACGCGGGUGAAGGGGGCGGAACGGGAGCAGAUGCGCAAGGAGAGGUGGAGGCGGAGGGAGGAGCGGGCAGUGGGGAGGAGAAAGCAAAGCGCUCUAAGAAAAUCGAGCAGCACGAGCAAGGGCAGGGGCAAAAGCACUCGACGACGCAGCAGCAGGAUGUUGGAAAUGAGCGACGAGAGGGGAAGAAAUUGGAAGGUCAAGGGAGCGAUGGGGAGCAGAAAGACGGAACAGCAGAGCGCGAUUCAGAAGUUGUUCAAACACCGCUCCCACGUCAGCGUGCCUGCUUAUCUGCCAAGCUGCGCCAUUGCGCCACAGCGUCAGCUUCUCACCGCAACUUUCUUGAUGAAUUAGAGACGUCAGUAUUCGCGCUGAAGCGUGCUCUUAGCCUGUCAGAAGCGGAGCGAUUGAGGCAGGACGGGAAGGAUGGUGCUGGAGAGGGUGGGAGAGGCAAUGACACGAGAUCUGGUGCUAGUGGUGCUGAUGGUGCAGAUGCGACGGGAGGGUCCCAGGAAGUGCCACGUGUCCUGAGCCAACACGUGGCGAGACUGCAGCAGCUUCUGGACAGUCACAGGCAGGUGCUGGCUUCUGUAGAGGCGGCAAGUUGGCGGGCAGAUGACGAUGAGUCACAAAGGGAAUCAGAUGAAAAAGGACUUGGUGCCGAUCAGGAAACAGGUAGAGGAGAAAACAGAGAGGGUAUUGGAGAGAAAAGGCGAUUCCAAGGAAGGGAUGGGGAGGAGAUAGGGGAGGGAGAGAUGGCGAAGCGGUUGCUAAGAGUGUGGGAGAUCGUGGGUGGUGUGCGUGCGUCUGAGGGCAAUGCAAGCAGGGAGACGGAAGAGGGACUAGAGAAGGACCUAAUCCAGCUGGGGUUCGGUACCAGGAGAGAGGAGAGGGUUGCGGAAGGUGGGGCUGAGAGACAAGAUGAUGGGAAUUCGGGGAGUAGGGAGGAGGACGUGGGGAGAGGAGGGGAGGAAGGAGCAGAGGGGAACGGGGGAGGUGGGAGGAGUGGAGAUGGGAUGGGGGCGGAGGGGGCGCGGUGGUCGAUAGCUGAAGUGCUGAGUGCUGCCAAACUGCCUUAUCCGUCUCACAUUGAAGACUGCAGUGCUGCUAGUGCAAGGAACCGGCUUUUGGACUCGCGCUCCCCCAACGGCUCACUGCCUGUGUGGUUUCAGCAAGGGGCGCGGCUGCAAUACGCUGUGAUGCAGCAAGCGCUGGAAGAAGUGGUGGAAACAGAAGGAGAAGAGGACGCGUUGGGGGCAGAUGGGACAGAGGAGAAUGCAGGAGCAGCAGAUAGGGCGAGAGAGGGAGCCAAGGAAGUGACAGGGAGAGGUGGAGACGCAGGGAAGUUGAUGAGGGAACAAAGAUUUGGCGUGCGUCCAAACGUGAUCGGGCCGUUUCCUCCAUGGGUGGCAGGUGCUGAUGAGGAUAACCUACCCCUCACCCGCAGGGUGCAGCAUGACUUGUGGCUGCACCAGCACCCUCGGGACUGCACUUACUUUGAUGAAGGCGAGGAGGCAUGGGCUGGGAUGAGAAGGUUGAUGAGGAGGCGGAGGUUGGGGGGAGAAGAUGGGUCUGGAGGGGAGGGGAGCGUUGGGGGAGAGGGAGUGAAGGAGAAAUCACCAGGCAGGGAAGGACAGCCGGCCGAGAGAAAGCUUCGGCGGUUCCUGUUGGUUGAUGGGCGACAAAUAUACCGCCAGUACAUGGGUAUCGGCGCACAGAUCAAUUGGCUCACAGGAGCUCUAGCAGAAGCGGUCAAGGAAAAUCGCAUCAUGGUGAUUACCUAUUACGAGAGGGCGGAUCACGAGGGGUGCAAGGGGAGGGAUAGGGCGCGGUGGUCGUGCUACUUUGCCCCGGAGACCACGGAGGAGUGUAGGAGGAGGGCGGAGGCGUUGGCGGGGGACAAGAGGGCAGUGCUGAAUGGGCUUGUGACGUUUUCAGGAGGACGCUUUCCCAAGCCGACUCGGUUCUUUCUCUAUGACCCACCCAGCCUGUGGGGGCGGCCGUGGCAGCACAUGCAGAGGUCAGUGGAGGUGAAUGGGCGCCUGAUAGGGCGCACCAACGUGGACGCCAGGAGGUGGUGGUUUGCCCAGGCCACGCGCUACCUCAUGCGCUACCGCAGCCCGCGCCUCUGCCACCUUGCCAACAGGGCUCGGCACGCGGCGUUUGGCAGGGAGGUGGCACAGCAGGCUGCUGCUGCUCUUGCGGAUGGGUGGCCUGAGGCGCAUCUGACCCCUAAGAAAUUGGCCAAGCAUCGGAAGCGAUACCAGGGGCUGGAGCCUGUAUGGGAAGCAGUGAGAGGGGCAGGCGUGGGGAGGAGAUACGUGGCAGUGCACGUGAGGCAGGGUGAUAAGUCCUCUGAGAUGCGCCUCCUGCCUUUGUCGGCGUAUCUGGAACUUGCUGAGAAGGCGCGGAGAAACUUCCCGGACGUUACUGCCAUGUGGCUGAGCACGGAAAUGGAGGAUGUGGUGCAAGAAGCAACCCGCCUGCUCUCCCCUCGCUGGGCCGUCAAAUACACUCAGUUUCCCCGGCAAGGCGCGGCUAAUAUCUCCAUGAAAUCAUAUGAAUCUGAUGUGGGGAUGGGGCCAACAUCAGACAAUGCAUUUGUGAAUCUGGUUCUUGCAGCCGAGGCGGAUUUGUUCGUGGGGACGCUGGGGUCGACUUGGUCUGUGUUGAUUGAUAAUCUGAGGGUUACUGGGGGGAAGGAGAGCGCUGGGUUUCUGAGUGUUAAUAAGGAUCGGUAUUGGUUCAGCAAACGAGUGGUGAUGGAAGGGGGGAAGGUUUGA